CUCCGACUCCGACCAAUCCUCUCUAAGAGCCACCGCAGAGACGGGGAACGCGACGAGCUCCCGCGGCGGCGGCCUUCGAGAGAAGGUGAGGGCCGCCGCCCGCCUCGCCGGAUCCGGCUCCCGCCACCCGCACGCGCAUGCGGAGGCGCAGUAUUCCGGGAGUCCGGCGGUCCCCGGGGCCGCGUUCGACCCCUUCGACGUCGAGGCCGAUCCUCCGCCGCCGGUGCUGACGCCCGAGCAGGUCACGCUAUGCAAGCAGGCGCUCGCGCAUUUCGAGCCGAGGAGCAAGCAGCAGGAUGCCUUGUCCGACGAGUUCGAGAGCCUCCCGCACAUGGGGACAAUGCGCCAGGGGCAGAGGAACCGGUUUAAUGUGGCCUGUGAUGCUACUAAUAUGGGAAAAAACCGCUAUAUUGAUGUCUUACCAUAUGAUGACAACAGGGUACGGCUAAAACUAUCAACUAGUCAAAUUUCCAGCAAUGAUUACAUCAAUGCAAGCUUUAUAAAGGCUACUGAGGACAACAGAUCCACAAGAUUUAUCUCCACUCAAGGCCCACUAGUCAAGACAUUUGAGGAUUUCUGGGAAAUGGUUUGUGAAAAUCAGUGUCGUGUGAUUGUUAUGCUCACACAGUUCGACAGUGUAAAGUGUGAUGAGUAUCUUCCAUUACUCAAUGGACAAGAUGUGUAUGGAAAGUAUAAUGUGGAGAUUACUAAAAAAAGAUAUUGCCAUCAAUUAUGGUUGCGCGAUGUGAAGGUGCAAUGCAAUGAGUCAGACAAGAUUCAUUCUGUACUACAUAUAGAAUACCCGGAUUGGCCCGACCAUGGAGUACCAACCAGUACUGAUGCUGUAAGACAAAUCCGAAAACGGUUACAUAAUGUUCGGGAAGAACAUCCUAUAGUUGUACACUGCAGUGCAGGCAUUGGAAGAACUGGUGCUUACAUCACCAUCCACAGUACAAUUGAGAGGAUUCUCCUUGGUGACACAAGCUCUUAUGAUCUUGUUGAAACUGUAAAAAAAUUUAGGUCCCAACGAAAUGGAAUGGUCCAAACCGAGGACCAGUACAUGUUCUGCUUCCGUGCAAUUGUUGAUGAGCUGAAAGAUCUGCUGAAGUCAAACCAUUGAGGUAUUUCUAGGGAAGAACCGUGGUGGUGCCUUCUUGGCGCCCUUCUAUUUCUGUAAGCCGAAUCAUUUUGUAGCUAUCAUGUUUAUAUAAGUGCGCACUGCAUUAUGAUCACUUUGCCACCUCCAAUAUCGAUGUAGUCUCUACUUAUCACUCAUACUCAUCAAAUUAAGAGAAUCAGUAGAGUUUAGUGCAUCUGGUGGACCAAAGCCUGUAAUCACCCUUCCAUGGAUCGUUCCUCAGCCUGCCUUGGAAGAUUUGUGGGCUUGAUUCACAUGCAAGCUGAUCUAAAAGGUUUCUUUCUUAAGACCAGUGCAUUAUUUUUCUUGUACACUAUGACCAGCGCAGUGUUGAUUUUACUGAAGUUGAACAAGCUGGCAUGUCAGUGGUUGAUUUU